UAAGGGCAUUAUAAAAAUGGCCUCUGAAAUUGGCUUUUGGUUAUUUUGCUGUUUGGUUACAAUUUUAUUAUUGUAUUGUUUAUUUGAACUUCAUUACUUCCUACGUAUGUGCCUGUGUGUCCUGCUGGCCCGUUUUGUCAAAAGGAAAUGUCAUAUUUUAGAAACAACAACAGUUUCCGGUAUUUGUUUAACCAAUGACAUCGACACCCUGCUGUAUCACAUGAACAACGCUCGUUAUUUUCGAGAAUUGGAUUUUGCACGAGUAGAUUUUUAUGAACGCACCAAUUUAUAUCGUACAAUUCUCGCUAAAGGAGGUUCAGUAUUUCAAGGGGCUGCCACAAUACGUUACAGACGUUUUAUACGACCAUUUCAUAGAUUCAAAAUUGUGUCCAGGAUCAUUUACUGGGACGACCAGUCCGUCUAUAUGGAACAUCGUUUUGUCCGGCCAUCCGAUCAAUUCAUCCACUGCAUAGCCAUUUGCCGUCAACGCAUCAUAGACUGUUCGGCCGAUGAUGUUAUGGCCGAAUUGUUGUCACCGAAAACGGCUCAAUUACAGGCAUCACGUAACACACUCAGCUCCACAGUUACUUUAGAUCAUGCCAUUUCUAGCACGAAUGUCGAUCAGAAUAUGGCCGAGAAUGGUGAAGUGCGAACAAAGUUGAAGCCGGAUUUGCCAGUGGAAAUACAGAAAUGGAUAGAAUAUAAUGAUUUGUCUAGUAAAAAUUUGAGACAACAGUGCUGAUAAAUAGAAUUUUAUUUUAGUAAAU